AUGGCUUCCUUCCUCCCGCGUCGCUUUCGCGGCGAGACUCAGGUCACCGAAAAGACGACGCCGUCCUGGGCCUCCAAGCGCCUCACUCCUAUCGCCCAGUACCUCGCUCGACGCGCCUGUUCCCACCCCAUCCAUACCGUCGUCCUUGUCGCCGUUCUUGCGAGCACCUCAUACGUCGGCUUUCUUCAAGAAAACUUCUUCAACGUCGAUGUUGACACCACCGCUGUGGGCAAGGCCGAUUGGUCUUCUCUAGUCGAGGGUAGCCGCGUCCUGCGCGCUGGCCCAGAGACUGCCUGGAAGUGGAAGGGCGUUGAGCAAGAUGUUGACGUUGCUGGUGCCGAUGCCGACCACCUCGCUCUCCUGACCCUCGUGUUCCCCGACACUCUGUCUACCGACUCGCCUAGCACUGCGCCUCGAUCUCACCACGUUCCUGUUCCUCAGAACCUGUCCAUCACGCAACUCCCGUCUACCGAGAACCCCUUUACCACCUACUCCCAGGACAGCAUCCUCGCCUACUCUCUCCCCUACGCCGAGGGCCCUGAGUUCCUUGCUGCCACCCAGGAGAUUCCCAAUGAGGAUUCGGAGGAGACCGAGACGGAACAUGGCCGCGAGAAGAAGACCUGGAUCAUGAAGGCUGCCAAGGUCAACACCCGUAACAGCAUUGUUCAGUGGGCCAGCAACACCUGGACCGAGUUCCUCGAUCUUCUCAAGAACGCCGAGACCCUCGACAUUGUUAUUAUGCUCCUGGGCUACAUUGCCAUGCACCUGACUUUUGUCUCACUCUUCCUCUCGAUGCGUCGCAUGGGUUCCAAGUUCUGGCUCGGUGUAUGCACCAUCUUCUCCUCGGUCUUUGCUUUCCUCUUCGGUCUGGCUGUUACCACCAAGCUGGGUGUCCCCAUCAGCGUUAUUCUGCUGUCUGAGGGUCUUCCCUUCCUGGUUGUCACUAUUGGCUUCGAGAAGAACAUUGUCCUGACCCGCGCCGUCAUGUCUCAUGCCAUUGAGCACCGACGCACGCAGGCCAAGAGCUCCAAGUCUAGCAAGCGAUCCCCCGAGCGCUCUAUGCAAAACGUCAUCCAGUACGCUGUCCAGGCAGCCAUCAAGGACAAGGGUUUCGAGAUUAUGCUCGACUACGCCAUCGAGAUUGUCAUUCUCGUCCUCGGUGCUGCCUCUGGCGUGCAGGGUGGUCUCCAGCACUUCUGCUUCCUUGCUGCCUGGAUCUUGUUCUUUGAUUGCAUCCUGCUCUUCACCUUCUACACUGCCAUUCUCAGCAUUAAGCUCGAGAUCAACCGUAUCAAGCGCCACGUCGACAUGCGCAUGGCUCUCGAGGACGAUGGCGUCAGCCGUCGUGUUGCCGAGAACGUUGCCAAGAGCGAGGACUGGCCCCGUGUCAACGGCAACGCCAAGGACACUUCCCUCUUUGGUCGUGAGAGCAGCAGCAUUCCCAAGUUCAAGGUCCUCAUGGUCCUCGGCUUCCUCCUCGUCAACGCCGUCAACCUCGGCUCGAUUCCCUUCCGCAACCCCAGCUCCCUGUCCAACAUCCGUACCUGGGCUAGCAGCUUUGGCGGAGUGGCUUCGCCCAUGUCCGUUGACCCCUUCAAGGUUGCCUCCAACGGCCUGGACGCCAUCCUGGCUGAUGCCAAGGCCAACAACCGACCCACCCUCGUCACUGUCCUCACCCCCAUCAAGUACGAGCUCGAGUAUCCUUCCAUCCACUACGCCCUGGCGUCUUCUCUCAACGGAAGCGGCCCUGAGGUUGAGGAGGGAUUCCACCCCUUCCAGCGAUAUGGUCUCGGCGGUCGCAUGGUCGGCGGUCUGCUCAAGAGUCUGGAGGAUCCAGUUCUCUCCAAGUGGAUUGUCGUCGCCCUCGCUCUCAGUGUCGCUCUGAACGGCUACCUCUUCAACGUCGCUCGAUGGGGCAUCAAGGACCCCAAUGACCCCGAACACCACAUUGACCGAAACGAGCUCGCGCGUGCCCAGCAGUUCAACGACACCAGCUCGACCACCCUCCCUCUGGGCGAAUACGUUCCUCCCACUCCCCAGCGCACCGAGCCCAGCACCCCCGCCGUUACCGACGAUGAGGCCGACGGACUGCACAUGACCAAGGCUCGACCCGCCAACCUGCCCAAGCGAAGCAACGAGGAGCUCGAGAAGCUGUUGGCCGAGAAGCGAGUGCGCGAGAUGAACGACGAAGAGGUUGUUUCUCUGUCGAUGCGCGGCAAGAUCCCUGGUUAUGCUCUGGAAAAGACUCUGGGCGACUUUACCCGUGCUGUCAAGAUUCGACGUACCAUCAUCUCCCGAACCAAGGCCACGACCGACCUGACUCACACCCUCGAGCGAUCCAAGCUGCCUUACGAGAACUACAACUGGGAGCGCGUGUUUGGUGCUUGCUGCGAGAACGUCAUUGGAUACAUGCCCCUUCCUGUCGGUGUUGCUGGACCUCUUGUAAUUGAUGGCCAGAGCUACUUUAUCCCCAUGGCUACCACUGAAGGUGUCUUGGUUGCCAGUGCCAGUCGAGGUUGCAAGGCCAUCAACUCCGGUGGCGGCGCCAUCACUGUUCUCACCGCCGACGGUAUGACUCGUGGACCCUGUGUUGCUUUUGAGACUCUCGAGCGUGCUGGUGCCGCCAAGCUUUGGCUCGACUCUGAGGCCGGCCAGACCACGAUGAAGAAGGCUUUCAACUCUACCAGCCGAUUCGCCCGUCUCCAGUCGAUGAAGACUGCGCUUGCUGGUACCAACCUGUUUAUCCGAUUCAAGACGACUACCGGUGACGCCAUGGGUAUGAACAUGAUUUCCAAGGGUGUUGAGCAUGCUCUCAGUGUCAUGUCUACGGAUGGAGGCUUCGACGAUAUGCAGAUUAUCUCCGUGUCAGGCAACUACUGCACGGACAAGAAGCCCGCUGCUCUGAACUGGAUUGACGGCCGAGGCAAGGGAGUUGUUGCUGAGGCCAUUAUCCCUGGUGAAGUUGUCCGCAGUGUUCUCAAGAGUGAUGUCGACUCUCUGGUUGAGCUUAACGUGACCAAGAACUUGGUCGGUUCGGCCAUGGCUGGUUCCGUCGGUGGAUUCAACGCUCACGCUGCCAACAUGGUGGCUGCCAUCUUCCUUGCCACUGGUCAGGACCCUGCUCAGGUUGUUGAGAGUGCCAACUGUAUCACCAUCAUGAAGAACCUGAACGGAGCCCUCCAGAUUUCCGUGUCGAUGCCCUCGCUUGAGGUCGGAACCCUGGGUGGUGGUACCAUUCUUGAGCCUCAGGGCUCCAUGCUCGACAUCCUCGGUGUCAGGGGAUCUCACCCCACAAACCCUGGAGACAACGCCCGACGCCUGGCCCGCAUCAUUGCCGCGGCUGUGCUCGCUGGUGAACUGUCUCUUUGCAGUGCCCUCGCCGCUGGUCACCUGGUGCGAGCGCACAUGCAGCACAACCGAAGUGCGGCUCCCUCUCGCAGCACAACUCCGGCUCCUCCCAUGACGCCGAUUUCCCUGGCCAUGACCAACGCCCAGGAGCGUUCUGCCUCAACGACAUCGAUGAGCGCAGCCGCCAUUCAGCGAUCAAAGAGGUAA